AUGGCGGACAAGGCGGUGACGAUCAGAACCAGGAAGUUCAUGACCAAUCGGCUUCUUUCCAGGAAGCAAUUCGUUAUCGAUGUCCUUCAUCCAGGCAGGCCCAAUGUAUCCAAGGCCGAGUUGAAGGAGAAAUUGGCUAGGAUGUACGAGGUGAAGGACCCAAAUGCCAUCUUUGUCUUCAAGUUUAGGACACACUUUGGAGGAGGCAAGUCAACUGGAUUUGGAUUGAUCUAUGAUUCAGUUGAGAAUGCCAAGAAGUACGAGCCCAAGUAUCGGCUCAUUAGGAAUGGCCUGGAUACCAAGGUUGAGAAAUCUAGGAAACAACUCAAGGAAAGGAAAAACAGAGCCAAGAAGAUUCGUGGUGUUAAGAAGACAAAAGCUGGAGAUGCUGGAAAGAAGAAAUAA